CUUGUUAGCCGAGAGAGGAGAGAGGGCGGAUUGUUUGCUCACUGGAUCAUUAUAUUUAAUCUGAAACUAAAUAAUUAACUUCUUUCCCAUCUACAAAGCAUUUCGAUGCAAAAUAACUAAUUUAUGAGGGGCAAAGAUUUAGAAAUACUCCGUGGAUUUUUUUUUCUUUUCCCUUUCGAACCAACUAAGAGAAGACUGAGGUAGGUGGCAAUCAUCAAGUGAUAUGAAAACGGGACGCAUUUCCAGGCCAAACACCAGAGCACCCUAGAAAGCUUUAACUAAAAGAAUGCUCAUGUUUGACCCAGUUCCUGUCAAGCAAGAGGCCAUGGACCCUGUCUCGGUGUCGUACCCAUCUAAUUACAUGGAGUCCAUAAAACCCAGCAAGUAUGGAGUCAUCUACUCCACACCAUUAUCCGACAAGUUCUUUCAGACCCCGGAAGUCCUGUCGCACGGGAUGCAGAUGGAGCCGGUGGACCUGACCGUCAACAAGCGGAGUUCACCGCCCUCAGCUGGGAAUUCUCCUUCCUCACUGAAGUUCCAGUCCUCGCACCGGAGAGCCUCGCCCGGGUUGAGCAUGCCAUCGUCCAGCCCGCCCGUGGAAAAGUACUCCCCGGCCCCGGGAGUGCAGCCCUUCAGCAUGCCGCUGUCCAUGCCGCCGGUGAUGGCCGCCGCCCUGUCCAGGCACGGAAUUCGGAGCCCGGGGAUCCUGCCGGUCAUACAGCCCGUCGUGGUGCAGCCCGUCCCCUUCAUGUACACCAGUCACCUCCAGCAGCCGCUCAUGGUGUCCUUGUCCGAGGAGAUGGAAAACUCGAACAGUAGCAUGCAAGUACCUGUAAUUGAAUCAUAUGAGAAGCCUAUAUUACAGAAAAAAAUUAAAAUAGAACCGGGGAUCGAACCACAGAGGACAGAUUAUUAUCCUGAAGAAAUGUCACCCCCUUUAAUGAACUCAGUGUCCCCCCCGCAAGCAUUGUUGCAAGAGAAUCACCCUUCAGUCAUAGUACAGCCGGGGAAGAGACCUUUACCUGUGGAAUCUCCAGACACCCAAAGGAAGCGAAGGAUACACAGAUGUGAUUAUGACGGAUGCAACAAAGUGUACACUAAAAGCUCUCACUUGAAAGCACACAGAAGAACACAUACAGGAGAAAAACCUUACAAAUGUACAUGGGAAGGAUGCACAUGGAAGUUUGCUCGGUCUGAUGAACUAACAAGACAUUUCCGAAAACACCCUGGAAUCAAACCUUUCCAGUGUCCGGACUGUGACCGCAGCUCCUCCCGUUCUGACCGCCUUGCCCUACGUAGGAAACGCCACAUGCUAGUUUGAAUGUCUCCGUCUCCGCCUCGGCACGCGGCUCCCCACUCGCCCAGCUCUCUCUGUCCUCCCUCCCGUUGUCUAACUCAGUUUUUACAUGUACAUUUUAACUUUGAUUCAGCUGGUCUGAAUCUCUGAAUUUAUAUCAGUCAAACUUCCAUAUGGUCAGUAGUAAAUAUUCUCUAAUCCUGCCUCCUUACCACGGGUCAGACCUAAAGAAUGUGAACACUUUUUUUUUUCCGGGGAUGCUAAGCAAACCCUUCUUACAGAUAAGUUUAAUGUAAUGAGAACAAGGGAACAUGUAAGCAAACAGAACCAGUUGUCCGUUUGUCCAUGUAUUCCUCAAAAGGAUGUCAAAGUAAAUGUGUUAGAAAUACAGUA